AUGGCAGGUGGCUGGACCCAAGCCUCGGACGCACAGAAUAAUGCUUCGGACUGGGGUGUCCUCUGGACCCCGGAUCGACCGGACGGUGGAGCGAAAGCUGGGUGGAGCUGUGGUGGCGACCAGUCAGGCUUCAGCAGCAACAAAUCAAAGAGAGGAGUGGGAUUGAGAGGGAGUAAGAAAGAGGAGGAGGGACCAACCCGCCUGAACUUCUGA